GAGCCGUGCACAGUGUGUCCGCGAUGUGGCCAGCUGCCCUGCCUGUCUGCUGGCUGCUGUGGGGGCUCUGGCACCCUGUCCCCCUUGCCAGCUCCUUUCUGACCCCAGACCUGAGCACGUCCGAAGUGACCCAGCUGUUCCAGGAUUUUAUGAGACGGUUCAAUAAAAGCUACCCAAACAAAGAAGAGAUGCAUUGUAGGUUCAAGAUCUUCGCACACAACUUGGACGUGAGUCGUGAGCUGCAGGCUGCGGAGCUGGGAACUGCUCAGUACGGGGUCACCCGCUUCAGUGACCUGACAGAAAGGGAAUUUGUGAGCAUGUUUGGCCUCCCCCAGCCCUCCGAGCCCAGCCUGCCCCCCACAUUGAGGCAUGCCAAUGAAUCCCAAGUGGGGGAAACACGCAAAUCCUGCGACUGGAGAAAGCGUGGUGCCAUCACAGCCGUGAAAUUGCAGGGCACAGAGUGUCGGUCUUGCUGGGCUUUUGCUACUGUGGCCAACAUCGAAGCGUUGUGGAACAUCCACAGACAUAUGCCACGGAACCUUUCGGUACAGGAGUUAGUAGACUGCACAUACAAGAGCGGGGAAGGUUGCCAAGGAGGGUUUGUCUGGGAUGCGCUCCUGACUGUCUACAGGAGCAGGGGACUGUCAAACAGCAUUCUGUACCCCUAUGUGGGCAGAAAGCAGACGUGCCAAAAACACCGGCAUCGAAAAGUUACCCAGAUUGAUGGCUAUGCAAUCCUCCCCAGAGAUGAAAAAUAUAUAGCUGAACAUGUUGCUUCCAAAGGGCCUGUAACUGCUCUUCUCAACAUGAAACCCCUUCAGAGUUACAAAAAGGGCAUUAUCCGGAUGCGUUCUGAGGCUUGCGACCCGAAGAUAGAGGAUCAUGCAGUGCUCAUUGUGGGCUAUGAUGAAGGCAAAGCUCGGCGUGGUGGAUCUUGGAGCGGGCCGUACUGGAUCAUCCAGAACUCUUGGGGAGAGGACUGGGGAGAAAAGGGCUAUUUCCGGAUGCACCGUGGUACCAACACGUGUGGCAUUGCCAUGUCUACAGCGACGGCGAUUGUCCAGAAUUCAGGGGGAAAGAAGCCUGCACUUUGCCCUCCUUGACGGCAUAACUUUUUGUGCCUGUGUGUAUAAUAGAAGAGAGAGGUCUACAGGAGGGGUAGCCAACAGGGUGCUUUCCUGGUGUUGCUGGAACUGAUGAGAGUUGACAUCCAACAACUUCUCAAGGGCACCACCAGGUUGCCUACCCCUGACUCUACAGUGUGCCACCCCCGCUCUGGUAGCAUCAGGCCCGGUUUCAAGGGCUUUUCUCUCUCUCUCUCUUGCAUGUCUUCUAAUGCAGACUUUGGGGCUGGUGGCUCCAAUGUCAGCAGGGCAGUGAAUCUGCUCUGGGUUUUAGUCCCAACUAAAGGCUGAACUGCUGAACAGGUUUGACAGCCCCCCGAAAAUUCAGACUAAAAUCCAGAGCAGAUUUGUUGCCCCACUGACAUGGAACCAACAGCCUCCACUGCCUGGGGAACCUGAGGCCCUCCAGAUGUUGCUGGACUGCAGUGUCCAUCAGCCCCAUCCAAUGGCUAGGGAUGCUGGGAGUUGUAGUUCAUCAGCUUCUGGAGGGCCAGAGGUUCCACACCCGUUUUAACACCACGAGCUGUCAUCUUCCAGCCAUACUUUUCUAGUGCUUUAUGUCAGCAGACAGUGCAGACCCCUGCGACGGCUCAGGCACAUUUAUUUUUCCUGCUAAGGGGCUGCAUGCUGGCAACAGAGCAGGACUGAAGCCUACAGUGGCUGGAGCCAGAGCCGAAAUUGCCUGGGAUCACCCCAUUCUCUCUCUCUCUCUGCCCCCUAGUGGUGGAAGGACAGAUUGUUCUCACCAUAGGUCUGUGAACUGGUCACUUGCAGAACGCUUUUGAAAUGCAGCCAAGGGCCAUCAGCAGCCCAGCUCUCUAACCAUGUAGAAGGAUGUAGACCAAAGAGUAGAACUAGGGAACAAGAGCCAGUGUGGGGUGUGGCAGUUAAGAGUUUUGGGGCAGGGGUCACAUGCACACAAUACAUUCAAAGCACAGGGCUUGCCCCAAAGAAUCCUGGGAACUGCAGAGUUCUGUACAGACUGUGCUUUCAAUGUGCUUCAACUGUAUUGUGGCGAUGGGACCUCAAUUCACGUGGAUCAGGAAUGGAUGAAUCCGUCAGCGCUUGGUUUCUCUGGGUCCCAUUUUCCCAAUCUUAAAUUCCAUUCUCCACCUUUCCGCAAGAAUUUGGUUUUUUUAAAAAAUCCUCAUUAAAAUUCUCCAGUCAUUUAGUGAGAAUGUCUCCCACUAUGCAACAGCUUUGACUCUUAAUAUACACAUUUUUGCAAGCAAUUCCCCUGAUAUAGAAUGCAUUGCUGUAUUUUACUUUCACCAGUGUGACAUACCCAUUGGUACACAAUGGUACACAUUGGCUGAAGAACGGCAAAGGAAAACUGUGUUCCGUUUUGUGCAUUGGUUCAAGAAGUGCGAAUCAGGUGGUUUCUCAUUAAAUUGCAAAACAAUUUUAAUUUCACUAGGCUAGACCCAAGUUCAGUUUGCCAUGAUGUGACCCUACUAAGCAGACUCUGGGCCACUCAUUCUUCUCUCAUCCAAACCUACCUCACAGGCAUGUUGUAAGGACAAAAGGGGAAGAAAACUGCAUUUGUUGCCCCGACCUUCUCAGAAGGGGGCUAGACGUGUAAUUCAAAGCAAAUACACGUUGAGGUGAGCAGGAAAUGUUUCCAUUUCCCGACAAUUUCAUUUCUGCCCUUUUUCUGGCUAAUGUGUACAUUUUACUUGCAAACUCCCCCUCCCCCACCAAAAAAUGCUUCACUGUCUGUUCUCGCAAUGAUCAGAUACUAUUGAUUUCAGCCUUUUUUUCAAAUGCAGGCUGUAAUGUGCUGCAUUUCCCUGGGUGGACUAACUUUAAGGCAGCAGUUCAAAAUACAGCUUUUUAAAAAACAUCGCUUCACACCUCUCCCCCACCCCUUUGGAGUGUUACAGAAGCAGGCCUGCAUUCAUGGUUUCAGAUUCCGGCAAAGGCAGUUUCUGUUCUGAUUAGGUCUCACAUUCAUAUUUCACACCCCAAAUGUCACAAGCUGUUUCUGGCAUUCUUCUUCUUCUCUUUUGCGCUCGCUGUCCCCCUAAACUGGUUUCUUUUCCACCGCAUCUCUGAAGCCAUUGCCCCCCCCUCCUGUGCCUUAACGGCUGGUUGCAAGGUCUUCUGAUGCAAUGGGAUCCUUUUCCAAAUGUGUGCCCCACUGCUAUUUAAGGCACAGAUGCCCUGCCAGAGAGAGAGGUGAAAACCCAGGGGUGGAGGGAGAGGAAUGGGUCAAGCUGUCCAUCUUAAUUUCUCUUUUUUCUAAUCUUACGUUCAGUUCUCCAAUUCAGUUUGCAAUUUUUUUUUUAAAGUCCUCAUGAAAACCUGUCAGCAUUCUAGGUCUCCUGAUAUAUACACAUUUGCAUAUGCUGUUUUGCCUAAGAUGCAAAUUUUCACAAAGCGAUUCCGCCAAAUAUAACGCUUGUUUGGGUGUUGGUUUUGCUAUCAUAUUCAUUUUUAUGCAAACCUUACUCUGGUAUAUGCCCUUUGUACACAUUAUCGCAGAACCGCGUUGCAAAAUUCAGAGAUGCGCAAAUGUCGAAGGACAGCUGCGUUUUGCUUUGCGUAGCAUUUCAUAAAUUCGUUAGGUAGAUUCGCGUUGAAAUGCGAAGGGAGUCAAAUUUCUCCUCCAUCGCUAGGGCUGGGGAAUUCUUUCUCGGUCCAAGGGCCACAUUCCCUUCUGGGCAACUUUCCGAGGGCCACGUGGCAUUGUUGGGCAGGGCCAGAGGCAAAAGGUAAAUUUUCCGUUUGUUGCUCUGCUCAAAAGUGGGCAGAGCAACGAAUGGAAAUUUUACCUUUCUUCAGGAGGCUAGUUUCUACACAUAUCCCUCUAUCCCUCCUGCCAGAGAACGAAGAGGCCUUGAUCCAAAUUCAAGGGCACAUCCCAGCCAGGCAGGAACACUCAAGGAGGGUGUGGUCUGGGAAAGGGUCCCAAGGGCCAGUUAGAGGGCCCUGGGGCGCUACAUUUGGCCACAGGGCCUGAGGUUUCCCACUCCUGAAUGUAUAUCACCCCUGUGCUUUAUCGACUCCACUGGCUCCCAAUUUGUUUCCAAGCCCAGUUCAAAGUGCUGGUUUUGGCCUUUAAAGCUUUAAACUUUAAAACUUCUAAACUUUGCAUUUUAUGUAUUUUAACAGUAUUUUAUGCAUUUCAAUUUACCAUAAUGUUUUGUGUUUUUAUUGUGUAUUUUAUUAUAUAUGUGUCCAAUUUUAUUCUAGCCGCCCUGAGUGCCCUGUUGUAGGGUAGAAGGGCGGGAUAGAAAUAUUUUAAAUAAUAAAAAUAAAAAAUU